AUGGUGCAGCAGGCCGAGAGCUUGGAAGCGGAGAGCAACCUGCCCCGGGAGGCGCUGGACACGGAGGAGGGCGAAUUCAUGGCUUGCAGCCCGGUGGCCCUGGACGAGAGCGACCCGGACUGGUGCAAGACGGCGUCGGGCCACAUCAAGAGGCCGAUGAAUGCGUUCAUGGUGUGGUCCAAGAUCGAGCGCAGGAAGAUCAUGGAGCAGUCUCCGGACAUGCAUAACGCCGAGAUCUCUAAGAGGCUGGGGAAGCGGUGGAAAAUGCUGAAGGACAGCGAGAAGAUCCCGUUCAUCCGGGAGGCGGAGCGGCUGCGGCUCAAGCACAUGGCCGACUACCCCGACUACAAGUACCGGCCCCGGAAAAAGCCCAAAAUGGACCCCUCGGCCAAGCCCAGCGCCAGCCAGAGCCCCGAGAAGAGCGCGGCGGGCGGCGGCGGCGGCGCGGGCGGCGGCGCGGGCGGCGCCAAGACCUCCAAGGGCUCGAGCAAGAAAUGCGGCAAGCUCAAGGCCCCUACGGCCCCCGCGGCCGGCGGCGCCAAGGCGGGCGCGGGCAAGGCGGCCCAGCCCGGGGACUACGGCGGCGCGGGCGACGACUACGUGCUCGGCAGCCUGCGCGGGAGCGGCGCGGGCGGCGGCGGCGGCGGCGCGGGCAAGACGGUCAAGUGCGUGUUCCUGGACGAGGACGACGAGGACGACGAGGACGACGACGAGCUGCAGCUGCGGAUCAAGCAGGAGGCGGACGAGGAGGACGAGGAGCCGCCGCACCCGCAGCUCCUGCAGCCUCCCGGGCAGCAGCCGCCGCAGCUGCUGAGACGCUACAACGUCGCCAAAGUGCCCGCCAGCCCCACGCUGAGCAGCGCGGCCGAGUCCCCCGAGGGCGCGAGCCUCUACGACGAGGUGCGGGCCGGCGCGACCGCGGGCGCAGGGGGCGGCAGCCGCCUCUACUACAGCUUCAAGAACAUCACCAAGCAGCACCCGCCGCCGCUGGCGCAGCCCGCGCUCUCGCCCGCGUCCUCGCGCUCCGUCUCCACCUCCUCCUCCUCGUCCUCCUCCUCGUCCUCCUCCUCCUCAUCCUCCUCCUCCUCGUCCUCCUCCUCGUCCUCGUCCAGCAGCAGCAGCGGCGGCGGCGAGGACGCCGACGACCUGAUGUUCGACCUGAGCUUGAAUUUCUCCCAAAGCGCGCACAGCGCCAGCGAGCAGCAGCUGGGGGGCGGCGCGGCGGCCGGGAACCUGUCCCUGUCUCUGGUGGAUAAGGAUUUGGAUUCGUUCAGCGAGGGCAGCCUGGGCUCCCACUUCGAGUUCCCCGAUUACUGCACGCCCGAGCUCAGCGAGAUGAUCGCGGGGGACUGGCUGGAGGCGAACUUCUCCGACCUGGUGUUCACGUAUUGA